AUGUGAGUGUGCAGUAUUAGAUUUAACGCCACACCGGGUUCAGCAUAGCGGAUUAUUGUGCGUCCAGCUCAGUCCAGUCCAGCUCCGAGCCAGAACUCAGAUAUACAAUGACUUCCACCAACAUGUUCCAGGGCCUCGAUGAGGGGUCUAAACCCAGCUCCAGGGUUCUGCGACCUCCCGGUGGUGGCAGCAGCAACAUAUUUGGCGGUUACGAGGAUGCUGGUGCCUCCAGGCGGCCAAACAAGAUGGCUUCUAAUAUUUUUGCCCCUGCCGAGGCACCUCGAGGAGGUUCCACACGCUCCAAUCCUCCAGGUGGAAAGAGCAGUGGGAUUUUUGCUGAACCUGUGGCUCCUUCUCAACCUAAAAUUGUUCCUCCUGGUGGAGCAAGUAGCAACAUCUUCGGGGGACCAGAGACAAACCCACCCGCUGUAAAAAGUCAUCCCAACAAACCAAAGGAUAAUAUCGGUUUGGGUGCAGCAGUUACACCAGAACCACCAGCACCCCGGCCAAAGGAGCCUGAACCAGUGAAGGAGAUGGUUAAAGUGCCACCAGCUACUCCUACAAAAGAGGCAGCACCUGCUGAGCCAACACCCACUCAGGAUGCUGAGGCUUCCCUAUCCGAAAAGGACCACGAGCCACGACUCGGAGCUCGGCCGCGCUCUCACAACAGGGUGCUCAACCCUCCCGGUGGAAAAUCCAGCGUGGUCUUCUACUAACCAGCCCUGCUUUUGUUUUCUAUUUCUUUGUUCACAAAUACUGUUAUGUAUUUUUUUCAACCCCUAUUUUCAUUAUGUCUGUUCUUUAUGAUUUAUGUUUUCAUCUUUAUUUCUGUUGCUCUUGCACUUACUGUAACUCUUGCUCAUUCCUUACACGUUGCUCUUCCUCUUUUUGUAUGACGGUUUGAGUAAUGGUUGCGCUCAAUCAAUCAAACGUUUGCUCUCAUGUCAAUCACACUUGCACGUUAAUGAGUUAAUGUGACUGUACUUACUGUAAUUGAAAACAUUUGGAAUACUAGUCUGUGAUUCAGCUGAAUCAUGCCUCUUUAAUGCCUAGUGCAUGCUAUGCAAUUUUUGGCCUAGUUUUUCCAGUCACGACAUAUUGGAAAUCUAUGUGUGCCCACAAUAAAAUAUUUUUUUCAAUUUUUCCAGCAUCCCAAAAUGCGUAGUACCAUACUAACCAGUGUGUAAAACAACACGAAUAAUGGUGCUUUAUACACUGAUCAGACUGUUUCUCUGCAUGCUUUUUUUGCCUGUCAGGACCACCACAGAGCAGGUAUUAUUUAGGUGGUGGAUGAUUCUCAGCACUGCAGUGACACUGACAUGGUGGUGGUAUGAGUGGAUCAGACACAGCAGCGCUGCUGGAGUUUUUAAAUACCGUGUCCACUCACUGUCCAUUCUAUUAGACACUCCUACCUAGUUGGUCCACCUUGUAGAUGGAUAUAUUUUUGCUUGGUGGACUAUUCUCAGUCCAGCACUGACCGUGAGAUGUUUAAUAACUCCAGCAGCGCUGCUGUGUCUGAUCCACUCAUACCAGCACAACACAUACUAACACACCACCACCAUGUCAGUGUCACUGCAGUGCUGAGAAUGAUCCACCACCCAAAUAAUACCUACUCUGUAGUGGUCCUGGGAGAGUCCUGACCAUUGAAGAACAACAUAAAAGGGGGCUAACAAAGCAUGCAGAGAAACAGAUGGACUACAGUCAGUAAUUGUAGAACUACAAAGUGCUUCUAUAUGGUAAGUGAAGCCGAUAAAAUGGAAAGUGAGUGUAGAAACAAGGAGGUGGUUUUGAUGUUAUGGCUGAUCGGUGUAUAUUUCACUUCAAUUUGCUGACAUUUGUUAUUGAAACUUGUCUUCUGCUGUUUGUGUAGUGUCUACACUCUUAAUGCUCACAAGAAAUCUGGUUGUAAGGCAUGAAAACAUGCAGCGGGGCAACAUGACAAUUGGAAAUAUUAUGUAUAAUUGUGUAGCGUGUACUAGGCAGACUGUUCAACUGGAGCCAUUGGUCUAACUAGGAGUUCUUUGAUUAUAUUUGCAUUCUGAACAUUUCCUACAGUGUCGCUACAUUUCCUACAAAUGUACACGAUAGUAAUAAAGCCUUACCUGAGCAUUUUAGGGCUUAUAUGAAGCUAUAAGUGGCUUAUAUGACAUGCGUACUGUCAGCAUAGCAAGCUUGAAGCUGCAAAAGCUAGUUUUCAGCUUUAUUUGAUGAUCAGAAUGGCCUUAUCUGAUAUUAAUUAAUCAUUUAAUGUGGUAAUAAUCUCUCAUGACGGUAAAUAUGAAGACGUUGGUGUAAUUAACUCUUUCAUUGAACACUCCACUGAUACCCUUAUCACAGUAGUUGAUUUUUUUCUAAUUAAUUAGUUUGCCAUCCUAAUUGAUUGAUUUGUCUUCCGCUGCUGAGGGAUACCCAAUUGCAUCCAAGGAGAGCACGUAGCUGUACACGCCUCUUCCGACACAAUUAUUACAGCACUCCUCUUCUCGCCCCUGCAUUCUGCACAGGCGUCUCUUCCGCCAAUCAGGGUCCAUACACAGCAUAUGAAGACCCACCCACCCACACGUAGUCUGGCCCCCACCCUGCCGAUACGGUGGCCAAUUAUGCCAGCCAUAUGGCGCCCAGCCGACUGGUGGCAACAAUGAGUUUCGAACCGAGGAGUUAAUAAUACCAAAUAUCAUGCUGUGCCACCUAGGCGGUUGAUGUCAUUCUUCUCCGAUGGGGGGAAAAAGAAAUCCCCACCCCUUCUGACACUUAUAGACGGUUGAAUCGUAACAGUUGUAUGCACGAUGGAACGUGUGCUUGGGAACACAUUGUUCAGGAAAGCGUUGGCAUACUUGUAUAAUACCAAAAUGAGCGCACUCCAAAACCACAGUGCCCACACAAGACCGGUAGAUUGUAAUACACAAAUGCUGUAAGAAUUCAAUCCCUGAGUAAACCAGAAACAUAUUACUGGUUAAUUCUGCUUUAAUUUUGUAUUAUUUGACUGCAGUCAUAAUAAACCUAAACAUACUUGAGACGAAUGCAUUCAUGCAGCUCGGUCUUAGACUCUCUGUAUUGAAUUUCAUUGACUGUAUGAGUUCAUGUUCAUGUCUAGAGCUUAAGCUGCUGUAUUCAGUUAAAUUGGCAGUGGGAAAGAUGAGUUCGGUGCACGCUUGUGUGAAGUUGUUUCUCUCAUGCUGGUGGCACCGCUGCCUAAAGUGCCUGUGUGGAUGCAAGGUCACAGAAAACUGUUGCAAUAAACUACUCUAUUUUAUUGGUUAAUAAAUGAUUGUAUUGCUUU